AUGCACCGAGGAGCGCUGCAUCACGGUGGCGGUCGGGUCCAGGCGACGCAGGGAGGCCAACCGCACGGAGAGCUUUGCAGGGCGCCGUUUGCUCGGCCGCGCGGUCGGCUGGCGCAUCGAGGCCAGCGGACCGUACGGGCGCAGGCAGCGUCGUCCGAGAAGGUCUCCAAGGGCAUCAACCUCCUCGAGUGGGGUGGGAAGCUCGUUCCUCAGGGCGUGCUGGUGAAGGGCGUGAAGGCGGGAUGGAGGCAGGCGUGGGUGAUCAUGAUGACUGAGCUUGCCCCGCAAGGCAAGGACGGCGCCUACCAGCGGCCCAAGCAGAGCUUCACCGGCUUCAUUUCCACCGCCCCUGGUGCCGAAUUCCCUUUCGAGUCCAAGCGCUACCGCCUGUACGUCGGCAACGCGUGCCCUUGGUGCCACCGCGUGCUCCUCGCGCUGGCCGUCACGGGCCUCGCGGCCCACAUCGACGUGACCUUCUGCGUCGACGACGCCGAGCGCGCCAGCCGCGGCGGCUGGGUCUUCGACGAGCCCGAGCCGAUCUUCGGCGCGAAGGACCUCCGCGAGGUCUACGACGGCCUGAGCCCAGGCUUCAGCGGCCGCUGCACAGCCCCGUUCCUCGUUGACCAGGUCGCGAGGCGGCCCGUCACGGACAACAGCGGCGACAUGAUGCUCAUGUUCAGCGCGCUGUCUGCACAGCGGGUCGCCCCGGACCUGCCGGGGGUCGACCUCCGCCCGCCCCACCUGGUCGCGCUCAUCGACGAGACGGACGAGUGGGUGUACAACGACGUCAACAACGCGGUGUACCAGUCGGGCUUCUCCACGACGCAACAGGCGUACGACGCCGCGCAGGCCCGGCUCUGGCCGGCGCUGGACCGCGUCGAGGCGCUGCUGCAGAAGCAGGACUUUCUCUGCGGCGACGUCGUGACCGACGCGGACGUGCGGCUGUUCCCGACCGCCGCGCGCUUCGACGCUGCGUACAACGGAAUCUUCAAGUGCUGCAAACGGCGCAUCGGGUCGCACUACCCGGCCAUCCAGGCGUGGAUGCGGCGCAUGUACGGCCUCGCCGCGCCCCCCGGCUGUCCGCUGCAGUCGUGGCAGACGUUCGACGUCGAGGCGGCGGUGAGGAGCUACUACGGGCAGCUGUUCCCGCUCAACGCCGGCGGGAUCGUGCCGCAGAGCCCGAGCAUGGCGGACGUGCUGGGUCUGGACGGGGACGAGGAGCUGGAGCGCCUGAAGGGCAGCGUGGGGGGCGGGGUGUACAGCUACGCGGAGGGUGCCGGCGUUCCGAGCUAG